AUGCCGGGUGCCGCGCAAGCCGCGCUGGGCCAGCGCCAAUUGCAGAUGCAGCCAUGCGACCGCGCCGCCGGGAUGACUGGCAUCAACAAGGCCAUGGCAGCUCUCCAACGCAAAGGUGCCUGGCCUGCAGCCUGCGACUUCCUGGAGACCCUCUCUGCGGCGCGGACGACAUUGGAGGUGGUCACCUUCAACUCCGCUUUGGGAAGCCUCCAGCGCGAAAAGCGCUGGCGCCGGGCCUCGCAGAUCCUCCAAGCUAUGGGCCCAGCGCAAGUGAGAAGAGAUGUCAUCACUGUGAACUCGGUCCUGAGCUGCUGCCAUGCUGACACGGAGGGUGAUGCUCCCUGGCAACACUCCAUGGAGCUGCUCUCAUCGAUCAUGCUGACGUCUAUGCAACCCUCGCUGGUCUCUUGCAGUGCUUGCAGCAGCAGUUGCGCGAGCGCUGUGGCCUGGGAGACGGCUGUCCAGCUGCUCGGCCAAGGGUCGAACACCAUCUGCCUAAACGUGGUCCUCACGGCAUGCGCCAAUGCAGAGCAAUGGCAAGCUGCCCUGGAGAUCCUGCGCAGUAUUGGUCCACUGCCGCGGUGCUGUACAGGUAUUCAGCCCGGACUAGCCGACGCAGUCAGCUUCAACAUUGUCGCAGCUGGACUUUUCCUCCCAUUGCCAGAGUUUCUCUUGUGCUGGUUGGACCCAGAACACAACCCUGGCCCUGGCAAAGCCGCAAACAUUGCACAGUAUGGAGCGAUGCCAAAAGUCUCGCCUGUGGUCCCGCAGCCGGCCGAUGAGCCAGACCAGCUUCCUGCGGAGGCGGUGAGCUGGGGUCGGUGGCAUGAGCCAAGCGUCGAGGGGGCGAGAGACAGUUGCGCCGCCCUCGCCUUUACGUUGCUCACAGACGCAGAAAGAGCCAGGUUAACCCAUGGACAGACAGGAGCAACGACCAUUGGCGCCAGCAUCGUCAGCGCGUCCUUUAAAGUUGGCCCGAUCCACAAGAUAAGCGAGCAGAACGCCGGUGACUGUCACAUGUUUAAGCAGCUCCUCAGUCGGAAGAUUUCCUGGGUGGUGAUAACAGCUCUGACAGCUGGGCUGUGCUACUUUGCCGUGCGGCCUACACUCUGCUCCGAAGUUGCAAAGUGCCAAGAGCAGCACAGCAGUGCUACGGAGUUUCGUCCUUACAGCUCACUGAUUUCCGCCGCCUUAGGGGCUGUUUUGGUGCAUGAGCUCGCCAGUGUGAUAUUGACCUACAGAACGGCCCAGAAAGCCCUCAGCCUCAUUCCGAACGUCAGGGAAUCAUUGAUUCCAUCCGGACUACUCUGCACAAGCUUCACCGUGCUCUUGCUGGAGAACCUGCCCUUCUACGCAGCAGACUCUGCUUGGUUCCUCCACGCCUCUGCUUCGGACCGCCCAGAGCUACAUGAAAUGCCCGUGUAUACAAUAUUUUACGUCGAGUGGCUGGUCAAUGUUCCCAUCCUGCUCGUCUUGGCGGGUAGUAUCUCCCUGGGCCGGCCCGGUCCCGAGGUAGCAGAGCCACUGGUCCUCACGAACGUCUACAUGAUCUUGGCAUGGUCUGCCGAUUUCAUUCUAGGUCCUGGCAAGUGGGCGGUCGUGGUGAUCUCAUUCCUCAUGUACUUCAAGGCUUCAAUGGAUAUGUUCCUCUGGGUCAAGCGCUGGCGUGUUGACAACCCCGAUGGUCAUCUCUUUGGUCGUCCGCUGCUGGCCAUCGCCCUCGUCGUGGUCUUCGGAAUAUACGGCCUGGUCUAUCUCUUUCGACUUGCCGGGGUGGUCUCGUGGUAUUUUGAGUGCGUGUUCUUUCUGACCAUGAACUUCUCCACGAAGCUGUGUGCCUCCAUGGCACUUGCGGGCAUCCGGUCCAGCGAGUUUCAGGAGGUGCUCUUGGUCAUGCUCGCCAACACCCAGACGUCCUUUCAGCGGACCAUCUACGGGGACGAUGACAACCAACAGAAUCUCUUCCUCGCCAUGCCAGCCAGCGGAGUCACGCCAACAGCCGUGAGCUACGGCGCCGUCAUUUCUGUCUUGGCGAGGACGUCCCAGUGGAAGCUCGUGCUGGCGGUGCUGGAGGCCCUCAAGGCUGUGGUAUUGCGUUUUCAUUAG